CUAUAUAUUGGCUCAUUAAUUAUGGACUGCUUCAUCUUUCACACAUUCACAAAUUUCUUCAACUUUGUACAAUUUCAUCUAGCCCAGUUUUCAUUUAUUAUCCUUCUAUAGAUGGCUGAACAAAUCCCAUUCAGCAUUGCAGAAAACUUAUUAACAAAGUUGGCCUCAAUUGCUUCUGAAGAAAUUAAUUUGGUGUAUGGCUUCAAAAAUGAUCUCAGGAAGCUUCAAACAACUCUCUCCACCAUCAAAGCAAUACUUAUAGAUGCUGAUGAGAAGCAAGAGGAAAGCCGUGCAGUGAAGGACUGGAUAAGGAGGCUUAAAGAGGUUGUCUACGAUGCAGAUGACUUGUUGGAUGACGUAGCAACUGAAGGUUUGCGAAGAAAGGUUGAAGGUCAGGGAAGAGUGGUUAGGAAGGUAUGCGACUUCUUUUCUUCCUCAAAUCAAAUUGCAUUUCGUUUCAAGAUGAGUCAUAGAAUUAAAGAUGUUAGAGAGAGGCUAGAUGAAGUCGCCAAAGAAAUGUCUGACUUUGGCUUUAUAAUAAGGAAGGAAGUUGGAGUAGAUAUGCGAAUAAAGAGUAGUUGGAGGGAGACAGACUCCUUUGUGUUGAAAUCAGAAAUUAUAGGAAGAGAUAAGGAUAAGGAGGAGAUCAUAAAAUCAUUGAUGUGUCCAGUGAAUCAAAGCAAUAUUUCUGUAGCUGCAAUUGUUGGGUUUGGUGGCUUGGGAAAGACUGCACUUGCCCAGUUAGUGUUUAAUGAUGAGAAAGUGGUGAAUUAUUUUGAUUUGAAGUUAUGGGUAUGUGUUUCUGAGGAGUCAAAUGUUGAAAUGCUAGUUAAACUCAUCCUUAAAAGUGCAACUAGUAAGGAAGUGCCCAACUUAUCUCUGGAACAAUUACAAAUCGAACUUAGACAAUGUUUAGAAGGCAAAAAGUACUUGUUGGUGUUGGAUGAUGUGUGGAAUAUAAACAAUAGGAUUUGGAGUCAAUUGAGGAAAUAUUUGAUGGUUGGUGCCAUAGGAAGUAGAAUUUUAGUAACUACUCGUAGCACACGAGUUGCUUUAGCUAUGGGUGUAGACUGUCCAUAUGCUCUAGAGGGUCUAACAGAAGAUCAAUCAUGGGAUCUGUUUGAGAUGCUAGCAUUUAGAGAGGGGACAAGUAGAGUGAAUUCAAAUCUAAUAGAAAUUGGGAAAGAAAUUGCAAAGAAGUGCAAAGGAGUUCCACUUGCAAUUAGAACUAUAGGAGCCAUAAUGCAACUACGAAGUAGUGAAAGUGAAUGGUUGUCCAUCCUAGAAAAUGAGUUGUGGAAGGUCUUUGAGAGUGAUAGUGAUAUUGGUCCAGUGUUGAAAUUGAGUUAUGAUGACUUACCAUAUCAUUUAAAGCAGUGCUUUGCAUACUGCGCAAUGUUUCCUAAAGAUUAUGAGUUUGAUGAGGAGGAUUUAAUUCAAUUAUGGAUGGCACAAGGCUAUGUUCAAUCUCGGAGUCAAAGUAAAGAUGAAAAUUUAGAGGAGAUUGGGGAAGGAUACUUCAAUGAAUUGUUAUUUAGGUCAUUUUUCCAAAAGGAGAAGUACUGUUAUAAAAUGCAUGACCUUAUCAAUGACCUUGCACAGUCAAUGGCAGGAGAAAGUUGUUUUGUACUUGACGAUAAUACUAAAUAUGUUCCUAAUAGAAUCCAACAUGUGUUUUCUGGAAAUUUGUCUUUUGAGGAAUGUUUCAAGCAGCUAAAAAAUAGAGGAUUGAGGACACUGUAUUGUCAUUAUUAUGGUGAUAAGUUGAGCUUGUAUUUAGAUAGUAUCUUUUUAAAUUGUAGGAGCAUACGUGCUUUGAGUUUAAGAUGCUAUAUCAAUAAAUUGCCAGAUUCAAUUGGAAAGUUGAAACACUUGAGGUAUCUUGGAUUGGUUGGGAAUCGUGAAAUCAGUUCACUUCCGAACUCUAUUUGCAAUUUGUAUAAUUUGCAAACUCUAAUACUUCAGGAAUGUUGGGGUUUUCAAAAAUUACCAACUGACAUGAGGAAAUUGAUUUGUCUCAGACAACUUAUUAUUUGCGAGUGUCAUAGCCUUGAAUUCAUGCCAUUGGGAUUGGGUAGAUUAACAAAUCUGCAGACUUUAUCAACUUUCGUUGUGGGAAGUGAUGAAGGAAGGAGAUGUUCCUCGUUGAAUGAGUUGAAUAGCCUAAACCAGCUUAGAGGUACAAUCUCCAUUCAAGGACUUGAAAAUGUGAAAAAUGCUGCGUUGGAGUCCAACCAAGUAAAUCUCAAGGAAAAGAAGCACCUUCAGUCCUUGAGUUUGGAAUGGCGAGAUAGCGAUGGUGGAAAUAGUGAGUUGCUGUUGGAUAAUCUACACCCUCACCCGAAAUUGAAACACUUGGAUGUUCAUUGCUAUGGAGGUUUGAGGUUUUCAAAUUGGCUUUCUUCUAUCACAAAUCUUGUCAAUAUUACUUUAUAUGAAUGUCCAAAAUGUGAGCAUCUGCCGCCGUUGGACAAUCUGCCUCAUUUGGAAUCUCUCGAUCUUACACUGUUUGAUUCUCUGGAGUACAUAUCAGAUGAAGAUAAUUUAUUCUCUGCUUUAUCUGCAUCAACAACAACAUUCUUUCCAUCCCUAAAGUUUCUUAACAUCAACGUUUGCCGUAAUCUGAAAGGGUGGUGGAGAACAUGUAUGGAAGCUAAGAUGGUGCCUCAAUUUCCUUGUCUUUCUCACUUAAUGAUCUCAUAUUGCCCUAACUUGACUUUGAUGCCAACAUUUCCAUCUCUGGACAUGAGGCUUGAUCUUUGCGAUGUCAGCAUAAGACCAUUGCAGCGGACAUUGCAGAUGGCUGCAAUGGCUUCUGCGUUACCAUCAGCCUCUUCUUCAGUUACUGCUCCUUUUUCCAAAUUAAAGUCUUUGAGUUUACAUGGUAUUGAGAAUCUAGCAUCUCUACCUGGUGAGUGGAUGCAGAACCUCAGCUUCCUUGAGGAACUAUUUGUUGGCCACGGUAUGGAAAUUAGUGAUGAGGAUGAACGUGGGAUAUUUAAAUGGAGAUGUCUUGUUAGUCUACGACGUCUCACUCUUUCUAAUCUAUCAAAUCUGGUGUCUCUACCAAGGGAGCUUCAAUAUGUUACCACAUUGCAGAGUCUCUCUAUCCGGAGAUGUUCUAAUUUGAGAGCUUUGCCUGAUUGGAUAGGCAACCUCACAGCACUUGAAAAUCUAAAUAUCGAUGACUGCCCUGAAUUGGAAUCGCUAUCAAGAGGAAUUCGUCAAAUCACCACUUUACAACGAUUGAGUAUUAGAGGUUGUCCCCGUUUGUCUGAAAGUUGCGGACACGAUACUGCUGCAGAUUGGCCCAAUAUUUCUCACAUUCCAAAUGUCCGGAUAGAUGAACGUGAUAUUCAAAAGGAAGGCCGAUAUUUAUUGUAAGAAGAAGGAUCCUCCGCUUUCACGGGUUUCUAGACAAAUGCCUUCAUAUCUUCCUCAGUUAAUAACUUACUGUUCUGAUUGUAUAUAACUUUGAUUUGGAGGUAUUUGAAUUGUUUCCCACUAAUUAAUUUUACUUGUUAAUAACUGCAAUUAAUUUUCCCUUUUAAUUAAUCCAUAUAAUGAUGAUUAAAAUUGUCCUUCUAAUCUAGAUGUUUCAUUUACCUUUGUUGUUGCACAACCAAAACUGAAGCUCCAGGACUUUUGAAGCAAGCAGGUCUCCAAUUGAGAUUGGCCUAUGAAGAGGCAUCAGUUUGUGACUUUCUCAAUAACUAAGCAAUAAUUAUAAUAUAACUUUUUUUUUUAUAUAAUUUUAAAUUUUUAUGCAAGUGACUUUUCAAGUUUGAGUUUUUAUGUGUAUUUAUUUUG